AUGACAACCUCCUCACUAUGGGCGCUUGCUCUAUCAUCACUCCCCGAAAAGGACCAGCGCAUCUUCAAAAUACCAAACACCUCAUCUCCAGACACAAAACAUAUUUUGAAUGAUAUCCUAUCGGCACUCGAAAGCCAGCGUGACCGCUGCAAGCGGGAUAAAUGGACCACGAUCAGCAUCGCGGGGAAGGAGCUCAUCAUCCGCGAUGUAUGCGCCAAGGUCGCUGCAUAUGUCAGGAAAUUCUUGGAGGUAGUUGAUGUCGCGGUCCAGUUUGACCCUGUUCACGCGGCGUUGCCGUGGGCCGGUGUGCGUUUCUUGCUACAGUUAACCUUCUCUGGGUUUGAAGCUUUUGGUGCUAUUGUCGAGGGAUUGGAGAAGGCCACAGGAUUGAUAGCCCGAUGUGGGAUUCUUGAAGCGCUGUUCAUCCGACAUGGUAAGGGUACUACUGAAGGAAGAUUGGGCUUAGAACAGGAAAUGGUGAAAUUGUAUUCUGUUGUCCUGGGCUUUAUUUGCAAGGCUAAGAAGCAUCAUGAUUCCUCGCGCAUGAGGCGGGUCUUGAACUUGACGUCCUGGGUGUCCAUUCAAGAAUCGGUGAAGCAAAUGGAGGCUGCGGAGGGAAACGUUUUGGCUUUGAAAAGUCUCGUUGAUAGCGAGAGGGCGGAAGAUAUCCAGGACGGCAUUUCCAUGAUGCUCCUAACGGUGACCUCGACCGCCGAGGACGUUGACAAUAUCCAAGCAAGACUGAAGGCAGCACUUACAGACCUUGAGCGCCCUCUGAUCAGGAUUACGGAUCAGGUAUCUGACCUUCAUGAUGCUUUAAAAGCGAGCGAGAGGAGCGAGCUUCUAACGUGGCUUUCCCCUGUCCGUGCUCAACAACACUAUAGAGAGGCAUUGGCAUCUGUACUAUCUGGCUCGGGCGAGUGGCUCUCUCAAGAUCAACGCUUCGUGACCUGGAGGGACUCAAGCAGUUCCGAAACAUUUUGGUUACGUGGCAUACCGGGCUGCGGAAAGACAAAACUUGCUGCGAUCGUGAUUCAACACCUACGUCAACAGAGCUGCGGUGCAUCGCAACCAGCGCCAAUAGCCCAUUUUUUCUGUUCUCAAAAUCCUGCAGAGCCGGAACGAACCGACCCUCGAGAUAUAAUCCGAUCAUUGGUAAAGCAGAUUUCUCUAGCUAGAGAAGGAGAUGACUUUCGCGUCCGAACCCCGUUACUGAAAGUGUAUCAAUUGCGACAAGGAGAAGCGAGCCACAUUGGAGAAAGACCGGCACCGCUGACGGUAGAAGAAUGCGUUGAAGUGAUGUGUGAAAUCGGCCGAGCGACUCCGUUUACAAUUGUCAUUGAUGCAUUGGACGAAUGCAGCUCCCAGCAACGACGCAUUCUCCUUGAGGCUCUUGAUGAGGUUCGACAACGAUGUCGAGAUGUUGUCAAGGUUUUCGUUUCAAGCCGGCAUGAAGAAGAAAUUGCAGUGUCAUUUAUGAAAGGAGAAACCUUGGAGGUAACUUCUCAAGCAAAUCAUGAAGAUUUGAAGCGAUUUGUGGAAACCGAGGUCGAAAGAUUCGUGAAAAGAUGGUCUACUAUGCAUGACGAGUCGACCGCGGCGCUUCAGAAGCUUGGGGAGGACAUAAAAGAAGCACUUAUGACAGGCGCACAAGGAAUAUACCUAUUGGAGAGAGGAGCCAAUCCCAACAUCGAAGACAAGAAGCUGGGUGAUCCGCUCCAAGCUGCUGCCUCAUUUGGAAAUCUCGAUAUGAUGCUGCUACUGCUGGACCACGGAGCAUGUGUGAAUGGAUCAGGUGGCCAUUUUGGUAACACGCUGCAAGCUGCCUCUUUUAACGGACACGGGCAGGCUGUUCGACUCUUGAUCGAGCGUGGCGCAGGAUUAGAACAUUUGUCUCAUGGUAUGUGCGGCCGAUACCGUGAUGCGCUGCAAGCUGCGGUGUAUGCUGGCCACGAGCAUAUCAUCAAGAUACUCUUCGCAGCUGGUGCGAAGCUUGAGCCAAGACGCGAUUGUGGUUUAUCUCGUUGUUUAUCUCGUUGCAGCAUGUCUUCUAAGACUAGCAGGAUUGCGCUGCCGGGCUCAAGAGCGGGUACGGGCAGCCUGGACAUUCCGGCAAAGCUGGGACCGCUUGAGAUCGCUGCUCGAAAAGGCCAUGCCAAUUUGGUUGAGAUGUUGCUAGCCAAGGGGGCUAGGAUAGAUGCCAUUGAUGCGAAUUAUCAAUACAAUGAGUACCACUCAGGAUGUUCGUACACCGCAUUGCAGAUCGCGGCAUUUUGGGGACAUCUAGCCGUGGUGGAACUUCUCUUACAUCAUGGAGCAGACAUCAAUGCUCUCCGACAGACUCUCGGGACUCCCUUACAAGCGGCUUUGGAGGGAGGUCAUUCUGAUAUCGCAGAGGUGCUGUUAUCCCGGGGUGCAGAGAUCGAUAAGCAUUGGAGAAUGUUUGGGUCGUGCCUCCAGGUUUAUUCAGAACGAGGGAACCUUGAUGCUGUCAAGUUUCUACUGGAUCGAGGAGCGAACAUCGAAGAUCCUGGUGGUGAAAAUGGCAAUGCACUUCAGGUUGCCUGUGGUGCAGGGCAUAUCGAUGUUGUUCGGUUCUUGCUUGGCAAAGGUGCAGAUGUGAGAGCACCUGGAAAAGACUUGGGAAAUGCACUGAAAGCAGCCAUUGCAAGAGGACAUCUCGACAUAGUCAAACUGCUCCUCCGUCAAGGUAUAAGAAUGGACGAUGCUGACAGCGAUGCUGACAGCGAUACUGAAACAGCGUUCUGCCUCGCUGCAGCCAAUGGACACGAGCAGAUGGUGAUCUCUCUGUUGCAACAGGGAGCCAAAGUCGACGGUAGUUCCACUCUUCUUAACUGUGAUGUCAGUGUAAGAUCAAAACGCAAACAGUCAAGGGCCGAUAUAAGAUCAGAACGGGCACAAAGCAGGAUAGUUGCAAUUCCCCUCCAUCUUGCUGCCAUUAGUGGACAUGAAUCUACCGUCGCUAUCCUCCUCGAGAACGGGGCAAACGCCCACCUAAAAGGAAAAUUACACCGUAAGGAAAUGGGUCUGGCCGAUGAAUGUGAUUUCAGCACAAUCUAUAGCACCCCGCUGCUCGCAGCCUGCUUUUGGGGACAUGCUUCCAUUGCCAGGCGCCUAUUUCAACACGACCCAUGGGGCUAUGCAUCUCGUAACACGUUUACGCCCGCCGUGGAAAGAAGUCUGGCUCGCGAUAAAAUGGACGUUUCAACAAUGCUGAUUCAAGAGGCAAUUUCCGCGGGUUCAAAGCCGAGCACUUUGACGGUGCAUUGA